GGAUGCACCAACAGCACCAGUUGGAGGGGAAGUGACUUUUCCAGAAGUUCCUGCAACAUCAUCAUACAGCCAUGACUUCAGCAGGACGUCUUGUGGGGUUUUGGAUAAUUGCAGUAAUGACUGUUGCACAUCUGGGAGAAACCAAAAAAUAUUCUUACAAUGAGCCAAACGUCCCGUUCCCACCUGCCCGUCCCACCAUGAGGAACCUCGCUAACAUUUGCCACCAAGGUCAGGGCCGUCCGAGGUAUCCGGACAGUUUCUUCCCGAACUCUGGUGCCAGUCACUACCGCCGCCGUGGAGAUGCAAUCAACCGUCUGGAGUCGUGGUACAGUUUGUGCUGCAGUGGGCAAGUGGCACAGCAAGUGGGGCAGAUUCUCUGCUGCGCCCAGCAAGCUUGGAAACACGCCUUGUCCCGUUUCUGUGCUGAAGAAUUCUCCACCAUGACUUUGGCGUAUGAGUGUUGUGAGGACAAAGGAGAAGCGAGGUGGCGUUGCUUCGACAGCAGGCUGCCCAACCCAAACUACAGCGCAACACCCGGCAGCAUUGCUCCUGAGAUGCCUGCUGAGCCAGGGUUCACCUUCAGACAAGAUACUUGCUAAAGAUGACACAAAAAAAGCAACAUUCAUAUAUACACAGUACUCGAGUUGUAAAAAAAAAAAAUCAGGGGGGAUGGUGGAUUUUAUCAUAUGGGGACAGAUCAUUUGUGCUGAUUACAAAUAAUAUAAUAUAUUACAAAUAAUAGCAGUGACCAAAACACCUGCAGAAAUACUGCAGGAAUGACAUAGCAGCAGUUAAAUGCAGCCUUCUGUAAGCUUUAAAUAUCCACUGGGCUUACAUCAAAUACAUCAAAACACAACAAUAAAAAACACUU